AUGGCCAUGUGGAAAAAGCCAAAAUCAUCUCGCGCUGCUCCUCAAGAUCGGGGUAGCAGCUCAAAGACACGAUUCGCGGCGUCGGACCAAGGCGAGAACGAGAUCCACUGA